AUGAAGAGACAGCCGGGACUUUAUUUCUGUCGAGAUAGAAGGUUCUGGUCUGGACUGGACUGGAGAUGCCCGGGCUGGACUGGAAACGCUUGGGCUGGACUGGACCCUUUUGAGUGGGCAGAACUGCAGUUUUCUCAAUCUGCAUGGGCAGGAGUGACUGUUUUUGAGGGCUUCAGUGGGCUAGAGACUGCACUGUGA